UAACAAUCCAAAUCUUCAUUCUUUCUAACAUAUUUAAGGUUUUACAGCAAACAUUUUUUUUCGAAGGAUGGAUUCAAGUUCUGCAAUUAUGAAGGGUAUAGCAAGAGAGUUUACUAGAUGGCAAGCAAAGGUUGAAGAAAGAGACAUAAUAAGCCAAAUACAUGAAAGCAUUCUUGGCCACAUCUUGUCUUUCCUUCCAACAAUGGAGGCAGUGCGUACCAGUGUGUUAUCAAAAGGGUGGAUUGAUGUUUGGACAUCCAUCACCAAUCUAGAGUUCAAUGACAGUGUGCCUUUUUCUGGGAAGAAGAUGCAAAAGGAACAAUAUGAAUAUUUUGUGAACAAAGUGCUUCUUCACCUUGGCAAUUUAAGCACUCAAAGUUUCUCUCUUUGUUUAACUUCUUAUCAUUAUGAACCAUCCAUGGUCAGUGCAUGGAUCUCCUCUAUAUUGGAAAAAGGAGUGCAGAAACUUCACAUUCAGUAUGCUGAUAAAGUUCACUUUCCUUCUCAUUCUCUCUUUAGUUGCAACUCUCUUGUACAAUUGGCUCUUCAAAUGACAUGUAGUCUCAGUAUUCCAACCUUUGCAUGUCUCCCAAACCUUCAAACUCUUAGCAUUUCUGGGAUCAAGUUAGUGAGUGAAUUCCCCACUUAUUCAAAAGAUCUGAUUCUUAGUUUCCCACUUCUCAAAGUGUUUGAAGCAAAAGGGUGUGAGUGGUCAACUAAGCAGAAUCUUUGUAUUCAAGCACCUCUACUUGAAAAGUUUUCCAUAUCAGUAUGGACCUCUCUAUCGAAUGAACCAUGCAAAUCUUCCAUCAAGAUUUUCUCUCCCCAUCUGACAGAUUUCUCUUACGAGGGUGAUCUUGAGAAGGAAAUCAUUCUUUCAAAUCCAUCAUCAGUUCAAAAUGCUUCUGUAGUGAUUGUCAUUGAUGAAGACAGAAAAGAAAAUAUGGGAAAACUUCGGUUUCAAUUACAAAAAAUUCUUACCCAGAUCCGUGAAGUGGAACGAUUAAAAUUACUGUUGUACAAGGUUUUAGUGAAUGCUGCUGAUAUUUUCACCCGUCUACCAGCUUUCGGAAAAUUGACAUAUCUGCAACUGAAUGAAGUUACUGGUGAAGCUCUGUUGAACAUACUCCACAAUUCUCCUAGGCUUGAUACUCUAGUUUUACAAAAUGGGGUAUUUGACUUCAAUAAAGAUGCUUCGACUUCUACAUCAGUGCCUCAAUGCUUUGUGUCUAGCCUCAAAGCUUUUCAGUUCAAAGGGUUUAAUGUACGUGAGCAUGAGCUUCUUCUGGUAAAAUUUGUGAUGGCAAAUGCAGCAAUCUUGGAGGAUAUGACUAUUUGUACUGCUUUCUGGUUGCAGUAUUCAGAUAUUGAUAUGGAGAAAGUUAAGGAACAGAUACUCUCUUUACCAAAGUGUUCAAGCUCUCUCAUGAUACUAUUUUCUCAAGUCAAUGGUUUCUGAUGCACAACUGAUAUAUAGCUGGAGUGGAACUGGUUUAUAUGGGAUAAAGAUAUUCAAGAUUUAUCAUGUGCAUUUAACAUUUAAUGUUAAAUGUUGAUUCUUUUUUAUCAGAACUAAAUGAUAAUAACUAUUGGUUUCUUCGAAGAAGAAAAAAAGUGAGUGGUAUGGCAAAUGCAGUAUAUAGUUAUAAAUAAUAAUACAAUAGGAAUCUCUUGUAUCAAAAUCAAUUAUUGAUUCUAAAGGGACAAAGGAAGUC